CUGAAGUAAUGCAUUGGGUUUGACUGUGUCAUUGUCGUGUCCCCUGGUGUAUGGGGCCCGGUCGGAUGAUUAGAUGGUGGUGAAUACUGCAUUGACAGUCACUCCUACUCGGGCUGGGCAUUAUGUUGGUGUAGUUUGAUGCACAGGUGCGAGGGUCAUGUGACAAGCUGGCAUCAGCAGGAUGGUGGCACUGCAUCCUAAGAGCGGGGACGGGGUUAGAUCUUCAUGGUGACAAACAAAAAUAGGGAAUGUAAAAGGAAAGAGUGUAAAUGAUAGGCAAGAAGGCAGCUGUGAGUCAGGAGGAGGGGUGGUCCAUGAGUGAGCGUUCCCUCCCCUCGUUCAGCCUCAGCUGCAGGAGGGUGACAGUGAACAGCUGAAAUAUAGCAGCCUGAUAAGGCCCCCUUGUGUAGGUGGAGGGGGGCACUGAGAUGGAUUUGGAGGUGAGUAGCCCUCCUGCCUGCUCGCUGGCUUCCCUGCCCCCUGCUGUUUAUUCUGCAUGAAUGAAUGGAUCAAGCAAUGAUGCUGGCUCAUCCUCUCAUGGCUGCCAGGUUAGUGCUGCUGAGGCUUCUGCGUGCUUUUCUGUUGCUGACCGUUUGUUGUGUCUGUGACCUUGUCGCCGGGAUGUGUAUGCACAGUAUGGAUCUGUGUCUACCCCCCCAUGAUGGGGGGGUUGCACUGAGCAAUGCUUGCUGCCUGCUGUGGGACCGUCUCUGCAUUGUGACACAUUUUGCUGCUGUCCCCUCUUCACGCUGUGCUAGGAAUGGUGCUCUGACAAAAGGCUGCGGUUGCUCCCACCCUGAGAGAUGUUUAAAUUACCAAUGCGUCAUCCCGGGCAUCACUGCAGCGUGUGAAAGGUGCCUGCGUCCAGCACAUGUGCCAUGGACUGCAGGUGUGCAAAUAUGUUGUGCCAUCAGCGCGGACUCAUGCGUGUUGCCGCACAUCAGGCCGUGCGCUCUUCCAGGGUGUUGCCUGCUUUUGUGUCUAGUUUAGCAGUGGGAUCAUGAAGUUGUGUUGGCGGAUGUUUGUACGCUACGUGAGUGGCACCCUCCCUGGGGUACGGAGCAGCCAGGGGCCUUAUGUCCUUCCCUGUUAUUAAAGUACCUUCUGAGGAUUGGGCUCGAACUCCCCCUAGAAGGUAGGUUACCAUAGGACACGACUGUGGACAGCAGCAUGGCGGCAGAUUUCUCUAAAGUGCACCGAGACGUAGCUGAGCCUAGAAAGAAAGCUCGUUGCUGUUAAUUCUUAUUAAUUAAGACGCACACCAUGGGGAAUAGAGUAUACUGUGCUGCACGGAGACUCCCAACAUGGCCGUGCCCCAAAAAUAUUCCUGACAAGAGGUAGCAAUGCAUAAUGACUAUCCAAGGGGGGUGCAUUAUAUGAGAUAAGUGACGGUGCAGGUCUUCAAGGAGUCCUAUGAGGAUACAUGUGAGCAGAGCGGUGUUUAAGGAUGGGAUGUGGGACGGAUUUGCCAUAGAAAGAAUAAUAGCCCAGAACAGCAGAGUCUGUUCUCUCUUAUGGCCGCAGGUAAUGCUAAUCACACUGCACCAGACCUGCAGAAGUUUCCAGUCUUCUCUUCCCGUCGCUCUAUAGUUUGGAGUUACUGGCAGCUGUUCGAGCCCCAGACCUCGUGGACCUGUAGAGCGGCUCUGCUCAGGAUGUGGCUGCUGUUCCUCUAGCUGAUAAGAUCAGUUGCCCAAUUACUGUGGUCUUAGACAAGCACGGCAAGUAACUCGAACCGAAGCUCGCCAGCCUGCUCCCCCAUCCUGCGCAAGCGCUCCCGCUCUCCGACUCCCCAACAGAGUGAAGGAGAAGUCAUGGUGGAGAAAAGCUUGGACCAUUUGUCAGACAAAUCUCCUCCAACCCCAGAACCUGGUGUGCAGCGGAGCGGAUCGUCUCAGUCAGGUCGUAGCGGAAGCAAAAAUUCAAAGAAGAGCCAGAGCUGGUACAAUGUAUUGAGUCCCACAUAUAAACAGAGAAAUGAGGAUUUUCGGAAGCUCUUUAAACAGCUGCCAGACUCUGAACGUCUCAUUGUAGAUUACUCCUGUGCACUGCAGAGGGAUAUCUUACUGCAGGGACGUCUCUACCUGUCCGAGAAUUGGAUUUGCUUCUACAGUAACAUCUUUCGCUGGGAGACUCUGCUGACCGUACGCUUAAAAGACAUCUGCUCAAUGACGAAGGAGAAGACAGCAAGACUCAUUCCCAAUGCAAUCCAGCUUUGCACCGACACUGAAAAGCACUUUUUUACAUCAUUCGGGGCUCGAGAUCGAACCUACAUGAUGAUGUUCCGUCUCUGGCAAAAUGCCUUACUGGACAAGCCGUUGUGCCCAAAGGAAUUGUGGCAUUUUGUCCACCAGUGUUAUGGCAAUGAGCUGGGCCUGACGAGUGAUGAUGAAGACUAUGUACCUCCAGAUGAUGACUUUAACACCAUGGGCUAUUGUGAAGAAAUCCCUGUGGAAGAUGUAGAAGUAAACGACAAUUCUUCUAAAAGCAGCGGGGAUAUUAAGCCAGAAACUAACUGCAACCUCCAGGAGCCAUCUCUUACAAGCAGUAAUGUGACAUCCACCACCAGUAGUGACCCCCCCACGUUUGAUGUGGGCCUACUUGAUGACCUUGACAGCUCAUUAGAGAGGGAGAUGCUUUUUGCAAACCUUGAGGAGCAGAAGGUGGAGCUUCUCCUGCCUGUCACCUCUCCAUCCUUGGACUUUAAUGAUAACGAAGACUUGCCCACCGAGCUCAGUGACUCCUCUGAAACACAUGAUGAAGGUGAAGUGCAAGCAUUUUACGAGGACCUAAAUGGCCGGCAGUAUAUCAACGAGGUCUUCAACUUUAGUGUGGACAAGCUGUUCAGUCUCCUUUUCACAGAAUCUCAGUUCCAGAGGGAUUUCAUGGAGCAAAGGAGGUUUACAGAAGUUCUAUUUCAUCCGUGGAAAAAAGAAGAAAAUGGAAAUCAGACACGGGUUAUCCUAUACACCAUUGCACUGACAAAUCCUCUGGCGCCAAAAUCGGCAACUGUAACAGAAACGCAGACAUUAUACAAAGCUAGUCAGGAAAGCGAAUGUUAUGUGAUUGAUGCAGAAGUACUGACACACGAUAUCCCUUAUCAUGAUUACUUCUACACCAUCAACCGAUAUACACUGACCCGAGUGGCCCGGAACAAGUGCCGGUUAAGGAUUUCAACAGAGCUUCGUUACCGAAAACAGCCGUGGGGCCUUGUCAAGACGUUUAUUGAGAAAAACUUCUGGAGUGGUCUUGAUGAAUAUUUUCACCAUUUAGAGAAUGAACUGACCAAAGCAGAGACUGCUUACCUGUCUGACCUACAUCGGCAGUCCCCCAAAGAAAAGAGCACCAAGAUCACGUCUACGCGCCGCAGGAAGCGUCCUCAUACUCACUUGAGAAUCCCUCACCUGCAAGACGUGCUUAGCCCAGUUACCACUCCGACAGAUGAAGAGAGGCAACAUCGAGUACGACAUGUAGCAGGUUCCACUCAGACGCGACAUGUUCCUGAGGAAAAACAGAGUCAUCUGCAGAGCAUCUCCAAACUCCUGCUGGUCAUCAGCUGCGUUCUGGUGCUGUUGGUCAUGCUGAAUAUGAUGCUGUUUUACAAGCUGUGGAUGUUGGAGUACAGUACACAAGCACUUACUACGUGGCAGGGCCUCCGAAUACAUGAAAGCUCAGUCCCACAGUCGCAAGCCGAAUGGACACAGCUAUUAGAGACUCAACAGAAACACCAUGACUCUGAACUUCAGAAGUGGAGGCAAAUCAUAAGGUCUUCAGUGAUGCUGCUGGAUCAGAUGAAGGACUCCUUGAUAAAUCUUCAGAAUGGAAUUGUUUCUCGAGACAUUAGCUCAGAAUCGGAGGACAAACCAUACCAAUGAAGGUCCUGGGAAUGGACGGAAGGAGAUAGUGUGCAAUAUAUGUAUAGAGAAGAUUUAUAUGUAGAUACAUAUAUAUAUGUAUACUAUGAAUACAGAUUUAUAUUCUAGAAUGAAUUUUAAAAGUGAGCGGCUGCACUGAGGCGUUGUCUUCUCCAGCUGCAAGAGACUAUUGGCUCAGAGAUACUGGGAAUGGUGUUUCUGACUUUAUUUUCUCAGCGUUACUGUUUUGAAGAAAGAUUGGUGAAGCACUUCCUCCAUACGAGGGCUUUUCUCAACCAAGUGUACAACUCUGCGUCAUUGCUCUACCUCCGACACCUGCAAACCUUGCUGAUGUCAGCCUGACCCUGCCAGGCACCACAGAAGUCUAUGCUGGUGCUCAAGUGGAUAGGUGCUGAGGAGACAAACACAGGCACCCCCAGAUCUAGAAGUUGAAGAGGAGUACGGAGCAAAAGGCACAAUCGCUCCAAACGGUUAUCUUGUUUCAUCACAAACUCUAGGACAAAUCCGUGAAGACUCCACUGCCACCGAGCACUUGUCCAUCCAACCUUGACAGUGCGGAAUCUGAGACGUGUCCUGUCUCCGACAUGGAGCAAUACAUGGGAGAAGCGAGUUUUUAUAAUAAUAGUUUUUUUUUUCUUAGUAAUUUAAAGCUUGAAUAUUAGGGAUUUAUUUGUCUUACUGAUCAAAUAUGUUAAUUCCAUCUUUGGAAUAAGCUGGGGUGCCUACAGCUCUUCUUCAAGUAGCGGCUGCAGGGUUUUAAAUCUGCUCUGAGGAACCUUGUCACACCAAUGUUUGGUGGUUACAACUAGUAACUUAUUUCUUCUUUUUUUUUCUAGACUCCAGUGAGUUUCAUCAGUGGUGGUUCUUCCUAAAUACAAUGAGGGAAAAUAUUCUUAUCAGUGUUGGGUCCUUGCACAGGAGACCAUACUGUAGAACUGGCUGGGCAUCUGGUGAACUUACUGGUUCUAGCCUGAUUUGAUGGCCAAUGGCCAUGCUGGGACUUUUGCUUAACAACUGCCAGGCCUCAAGUUGGCAUCUUCUAGAAGACAUGAACAAAAUAUGAUUUCUAGCAGUCCCAUUGCAAAAUUGAUUUGGCCAAUUACCAGUGAAAAUGCCUCAUUAGGUCCGAUUAAGAUAAUUAUACAUUCGUGAUUGCCAGUAAACAAGGGGGACACAUCUCGGAGGAGUUUCCUGAGUCUUGUCCACGUAUCCCACAUUGUAUUUAGUGUGAUGCCACCUCACCCCUGCUUCAAGUUUCUUAUGAUGACUGUUCAUCAAAACAUGAAUGUGUCUGUUUAGAUGAAAAACAAGUCUAGUAUAUAAGGGAACGCUGCUAGAAAUUAUGGGAAAACCUUAGACGUUGAUGUGGAUCAGCCAGCUGUGCAGGAGGGAUCGCGCUGUGUCUCUAGCUUCUGCACCUUUUAGAAAGGGCUUUCUGUUGACCAGCAGGCUUUGGUUGACACUGCCAUAUAUCUGCUUAGUGGAGCUGAGGCUCCUGUAUCUGGUAGCUGGCUGCCUGUGUUGCGCAAUGAAGGGGCGUAUAUCUGGAUCAGGAGUGUAUGCGUUCUGUUGUCUAUGACCUGGCCAAACUGUGUCAUGAUUAUUAAUUCCAUUAGUGGCCACCCAUUGAAGGUUAAUAGAAGGCUUUUUUCAGACGUUGCAUCACAGGUUUUUGGUGCCCCCUCCCUCCUUGAAGCAUGUGUAUCCUUUUGCAACCCAUGUUUUAUUCUUCCACUGCAUUAAAAUGAAACUGUAAGCAACUCUGCAUGUAGUCUUGAUUAAAACAAUAUCCUACCUUCCAUGAUUUUGGCAUUGUAUCUUUGUGGUUACAGACUUUGUGCAAAUCACACGCAUAAUAUGAUUCUGCUGUCUUCUUCCUCGGUCUCCUCUUCUACCACCCAUGGGCUGAGAGAGUAACGCAUGACUGCAAGAUCAGACUACAGACAGUUUGUAGUCUGUUACCAUGGAGGAACCAUAGGUCUGCACAAGAGCUGUGGGAGAUUUUUAAUCGAGACUAUUUGCAAUGUUGCUUCAUUUUGUUAUUUUUUUGAUGCAUUGGAGCGCUAAAUCGGUUGCAGAUGGAAAUGCUCAUGUGAGAAAUGCAACGUCUGGAGUUUCUGGACCAAGCUGUCGGCCAAGUCAUCUCAAUGGUGUACUGUGUCGCGAAAUUAUACUUGUUCUUCCAAGUCCAUUGAGCAGAGAUUGUGAUUCCAAAGAUUGCUUAACGGUGACUUCAUUCUGCUGCUCGCUCCCUCUGCCUGGCUUUUCCUUAGACGUGAAAGUUAGAGCAGACUGAACGAUUGAGUAUAUAGGGUCAUAGACAAUUGGCCGCGGCCAGAAGCCACUACAGCAGGUAUACUGGACUACUGUAUUUAUCGUUAUUUAUUAUGAUGGUUCUGUAAUUGAUCACGAUUGCACCCCUUUUCAGGCAGUCCCUAUCCAUGCCCCUCCCCCACCUAGACAACAUCUUGUACUUUGCACUGAUGCUCUUGGUUUUUAUUGCUUUUAUAUUAUACAGACUUUCCAGUCUUGAGAUGUUUUGAUCCCAUAGGCGAUCCCUUACCUAAUUUUAUGAUGGCUGUGCACAAAUCUAAAAUCUAUAUUUAUAAUGCAUCGAAUUUAGUUAGGAUUUGUGGGCAGGAAUGAUAUGAAGUAAAAAUCCCUUAUUUCGUGUACACAAUAUACAGUAUAUAUUCACCUUUUAUGAUGUGUUCUUUUCCCUUUGCAUGGAUAUUAAUCAAAUGCAAGGAUAUCACUUUAGGUUUGCUGAGAAUUGCCUAAAAAGGCCGCCUUUUUCAUAAGCAUUUAACUUGCUGAAUUCCGACCUGCACUUUUAUCUGGGACAUGACAUGAUACAUUGGGACAUGGUGACCUGAUAAGUGAUCCUCCAUGUCCUAGUUAAUGUUUUCCUCCUGCUUGCCUUCCAUGCUGGGAUAAUAAUAAUGGUGAUGAUAAUGGGGAGUAUGAAUGUAACCCUAUGUGAGCCUUGCUGCUAUUUUUGGUUUUGCCUUUGUGGUAAUGUGAUCUUAAGGUUUCCUGUCCUUGGCUGUAUCCCCAGAUUUUCUUUUCCACGUGCUCCGUGUUUUAGGGGUUAAGGGCAUUGGGCUGACACGUCCGGGUGAUAGCAUAUUGCACAAUAGGAUGCUGCAUGCCAACACGUAGCAAAAGCUUAGUCCCUAAGAUAAGAGCUUGGGCUUCAGAGUCUGUUUCAGAGCUCCUGAGAUUCUGGUGCACAGUGUAACUAAUAGCUUGAAUUAUACCCUGUCAUUUAUACAGAGCUAUGCACAGCUUAGAUUCCGUAAUCACCUAAUGUACUUUACAGCAUACACAAUAGGCAAGACAAUUAAAGAGGACCUGUCACUUCUCCUGACAUGUCUGUUUCAGUAACUACAUGCAUUCCCCAUGUAAUUCUGGAGCAUCUAUUCUUAUGACUCCAUGAUGUGCCCUCCCUUUAUUAUUCCUGCUAGAAGUUAUGAAUGGAUUGCUAGCAGUUUGCAUUAAAGUUCCAGAUGGAUGAUGGAUGUUACCAGAUAAUGUCAGCCUGUGCAGGGACACACGCCCAUUUGGUAACAUCCAGCUGGAUCUUUAUUGUAAACUGCUACUAAUUCAUUCAAAACUUCUAGCAGGAAUAAAAAAGGAUUGACACAUCAUAGUCCUAAGAAUAGAUGCUCCAGAAUUCAUAUUACAUGGGAAAUGUAAGUAAUUACUAAAACAAACAUGUCAGGAGAGGUGAGAGGUUCUCUUUAAUCUAAAAAAAACAACAACCUUGGAGCAGUUACAAACUCCACCUGUGGCAAAAUUAUAAAUCCCAGCAUUCUGUGACUACAUGCCCCUGUCAGGACAUGAUGGGAAAUGUAGUCUUGCAACAGCUGGGGAACCGCAAUUUGGAGACCACAGAUGUAGGUGUUGCUCUUGGUUGGAUUCUAACCCAAAAUCCCACUUUUCCCCCCACCUUGUACCUUAAUAUUUCUGGCACUUUGGCCCAGACUUACUAACCCUAUAUAUGUUGUAAGCUUAGACAGGCCAUCUAGACCAGCACCAGAUUCAUCACAGGGGCUCAGGCUGGAGAAGGAAUGUGCUGCAGGGAGAUACACUUUUCUCUGACUCUGUACCAACUAUUGGUUGGCUUAGUUUGAGCCAGAUUCUUUUACGCCAGAAUUGCGACACAUCUUAGGCCAUGCCCCCUUCCGCUCAAAGCCCCUCCCCCUUAUCAAGCAUAUUGGGG